CGCAUGCCUGCUGCGUAGUGGCGUCUCUGUGUAGUCACGUGGAGACGGUAGUACACCUCGGUUCUGUCCAAACAGAACGUGAGCGUUUAGCAGUCUGUCUGAGCGCCGCUCGGUGCUAAACUGAUUCAUGUUGUUUUUUUUAGCCACACGUCUCUUUAAACUAGACUAUUUCAUCGAAUAAUGAGUGAUAACGAUGAUAUCGAAGUCGAUAGUGACGAAGACUCACCGAGAUAUCACUGUGUGGCAGACAAAAGGGCACACCACAAUGCUCUGGAGCGCAAACGUAGAGAUCACAUCAAAGACAGCUUUCACAGCCUCCGGGACUCAGUGCCCGCCCUGCAGGGAGAGAAGGUUGGUAAAGCUCAGCCUGCCAGUCCUCCAGGCACACGAUGUUCAGGCUCCCAUGCGUCUCGGGCUCAAAUCCUAGACAAAGCCACAGAGUAUAUCCAAUACAUGAGGCGAAAAAAUCACACGCACCAGCAGGACAUCGACGACCUGAAGAGGCAGAACGCUCUGCUGGAGCAGCAAGGUAACGACUACUGCCCCCCCAACACUGAGGUGCGUGCUCUGGAGAAGGUGAAGGGCUCGGCUCAGCUCCAGGCCAGCUACUCCUCGUCUGACAGCAGCCUCUACACCAACCCCAAAGGCAGCGCCGUGUCCGCGUUCGACGGCGGCUCGGACUCCAGCUCCGAGUCGGAGGCCGAGGAGCCGCCCAACAGGAAGAAGCUGCGCGUGGAGGCCAGCUAGAGGGGGCGGAGCCAUUCAAACAUGGCGGUGCACAGAGGAGAGGAAGUGACGCCUUCAAAGCUCUCGAGGCUCAUCCACCCCCCCCCUCUGGCCAACAACAAGCUUCCCUCACCGUCCUCCUCCUCCCGUCUCCUCCAUCAUCUGUGGGUGGGCUCGCUCUGGAGACUCGUGACCCCGCUGACCUCCUCACGCCGCAAGUAUCUCUCCCUCCACCCGACCUCCAGGAGGCAGGGAGUCCUUCGGGUGGAGGGAGACUGCUUCAGUCCAUGUAGAGAGCUUCAGGUUUCUCCCCUCCCCUCUCUCCUCUUUAGGUCUCCCUCGUUGGUAUCUCCCCCUCCCCUCCCCCGCAACAUCUACAAUCCAACACCCAAAAAGAGGCAGCUUGGCUACUUAAGGACUUGAUGCUUUUUUUGUACCCUCAAUAAGCCCCCCCCCCCUCCCCGGGGUGUUUUUUUUUUUGGGCGGUUGAGGGGAGCACCUGGCGUACUCCAAGCACUGCUAUAUUAUAUAUAUUUUUGUGUUUCCUUUGUUAUUCUUGAAAAAAAAAAAAAAUGUUUUAGAAUUUACACACACACACACACACACACCUACACACACACACACCUACACACCUAGAGGAAUUGUCCCAGAGAAGUUUACCUUUUUAAAAUAAAAAAUGAAAACAUUUGUAGCUUACUUUUUUCCACUAAAGAAUGUGACGACGCUCUGAAUCAGUGAAACCCACCUCAGGCCCACCGGAGAGAAGAAGCUUUCUGCCUCACACCGUUUAACACAAAUUUAAAAAAAAAGAAAACAUGACUCCUUUGUUGAAAUUGAUGUUUUGAAGGAGAAUAUUCCUGAACUUGUAUCGUAUCUUGUCCUUUAGCUUGAAGUAGUGAAUGACUUUAGGUGGCUGAAUACGUUAGGCAUCUCGUUUUAUAUAUUAUAAAAAAAAGCAUUGAUUGGAUGUUUUCGAGUUCUAAAGUAUGUUAUGCAUUUUGUAGUAAUCUCACGAGUCAUGGGGAAAUGCCAAUUUGUCACAUGUAGUUUUCCUUAAGGGUUUGAAAUAGAUAUUGAAUGUCAAAAGGUAGCUCCAGUCUUUUGCAGUACAAGGGAGCGAAUCAAUUCCCUGUCGAUGUGUUGUGCUUUACACGGUAAAAAAAUCAAUGUUGCUGAAUCCCCCCCCCCCCCCCCCCCCCCCCCCAAGGAAAAAAAGGAAGCAUUUUGCGUGUCUAGGAAACGUGUGUGUAUGUAUAUUGUUUCCAUUUGAUUUCCAGUUAGGAGGGUAUAAUUAGUGUAAAAAUAGGUUUGUUUGUCCGAUUCCAUUCCAUGGAAAUUACAAGUAUGUUGUACAUACUGCCAACAAUUGUCUUGCAAGUUGAGGCCUACCUUUACUAUGAGACUAUAAAAUAAACUAUUUUAUCCUUUA